AUGAUCACUCGCAACCGCCGUCGCCGCCUAAUCUCGGCCCCAGUGUCGGGUGCCAGCUAUGUUAUGUCAUCUUCACCUCAAUCCAGCACCCCAUCUCCACCGACCCACGAAGACGCCGGCGGGCCAAUUCGUCGCAGUUCCCACGCCCGGCUAAGCGCCAAACGUACCAGUGAAAGUGGCACCGACCCUAAAAUCAAACGCCCCAACGCUGUGUUGGUACGUCGCUCUCCAGGCGCUCAAAAUCAAACCAAAACUUACAUUAUAACCACCACGAAUCCGGCCGAAACUAGCGCUUUUCUAAAACAACAUGGCCUAGGCAACUACCGCAUCCGCCACAGUACCCUCGGCAGUACUGAUAGUGGCAUAGCGGUGCAGGCGUCCAGUCGAUCGUCGGCUACAAACUCGAAAAAGUCCAGCCCAACUGAAUCAAAGAGAUCCAGUCCGACCCUGAAUAAUACUGAUAAUUUACAGAAUUCCGCUCAGGACCACGUUAGAAGUCCUACUGUAGCCAGUCCGUCCGACCACAGCAAUAACUUGUUCGGUCCGGACAGUCCGGGAAGCUACAAUAACAGAGAGGUAUGUUUUUGAAGUUGUGUUGUGAUUUGUAGCGUUUUUUGAAAAUUUUUUGGAUUAUGACGAAAUGUCACAAAAGUUAUUGGAAAUUUGAACGAAGUGUCAAAAUGACAAAUUUAAUAUUUUAGUCGUUAUAAACAUGAUUUAUUUGCAAAAAAAAUUAUUUUACAAAUGUCGACGAAAUGUCACAAACUUAUCGGAAAUUUUGACGAAGUGUCACAAAACUAUUGGAAAACUUAACUUUUUGCUAAAACCAAAAAACUGUAAAUUUUUCAAUACUUAACAUUUUUACACUGUAAAGUAACCUUUACUACUACGUAAAAGUACCAAAAACAAACUUUUUACUUACCAAAAGAUAUGAUUACAAAAAGACGUAUAUCUUAUCAAGUUUAAAGUCGUUUUUGUGGUUGAAUGUUAUUAAUAUGUUGUAAAAUGAUCGCAUUAUCAUUUAUCAACUUUUUCGCUCUCAAAAGCCAUUCUUCCAUCUCAACGUGGUUCUCAGAGUUUAAAGGAGUCGGUUAUUAAUAGUUGGCUUUGGUAAACAGCUUUUUAGACAAGGUUUAGUUAUUUUAGGUUUAGUUAUUAUAAGUUUAGUUAUGAUUAGGUCCGGGUAAGGUAGGAUAGGGUAGGGUAAGGUAAAAUGUUUACAAUUUAGAGCAUUUUUCAAGCGGCAAAAAAGUUUUGUCGCUUUUUACUGGGAAAAUGCACGUAAAUUGGCGACAAGACUUUUUUAAAAGUUUUACAAAAAGAUUUCUAAAUCAACUUUUUUUAAAUGCUUGUUCAAAUAACUCUGCGCCCUUUAAUCCCAAAAAUUGCUUUAAAAAGGGGCUCAGAAUUAUUUGAACUAUCAAAUAGUUUUUCCCUUUUUCAUCUUUUGAUCUCAAAACUUUUUUUACAUUGUAAAGACCAACAAUUUCAUUGACAGCUUUUUGCGUACACAUCCGCUUUUUCGAAUAUAUUCAAAACAAUGAUUAGGGCCGAUGAAAAAACAAAGAAUUUGUUUGUUCUCUAAUUUUAGUGAUAAGAAAAGGAAAGAAAUUCAGUUUUUGGGGUCGAAAAUGGGGUUUUAUGGUCGAUUUUUUGUGGAAAAUUGAAAAAAAGGCGGAAAAUUGAAGAGAUAAUGGUUGAUAAUGAUGAAUGUGAUAAUGGUUUUAAUUUCCAAUGUAGUAGAGUCUAUUUUUUUUUAGCUGAAAGCUUUCAAAGCUUAAAAAUUUGUCUUUUAGGUAUCAAAAUCUUAAAAAUAUGGCCAAAAGGGCACUAUUUUUUUUAGUUUUAAACUUAUUUUUGGCUCUAAAACCAUCUUUUUUAAAUUUUUUGUUUAUAAACUUCAUGAAGAACAACUUCUUUGCUUCAUAUUGUAGUUGCACAUCAAAGUACAUAGCGUUUUAGUUAGUUUGCAAACCAAAUUGUUCUGUUGCUUCAUACGUUUGAAUUGAACUUUUACAACGAAAUUUGAUAGCGCAAUCCGUUUUUUGCGAUUAAAAUGGUUUGCAAAGGGGUUUUUUUAUUUUAAAAAUAAUAAAAAUUUAAAAAUGAAAAAAAAAUUUUCAAAAAAGAUUUUUUUUUUGAAAUUUUGUUUCACUACCCCCAAAAAUAAUACUACCCUUUACUACAGCCAACCAACCCCAAAUUGACCUCGGCCACGCAGUAAAAAGCGUGUUUUUUGUUUAUAAAUUGUGUUGAUUUACUGAUAAAUCGACCUUGUCCCGUCUAUGAGUCUGUUUCCGGGCGGGGUUUAUCGAAUUCUGUUUCGCAAUCAAAAACAAAACAACUCUGGAAGGGCGGAAUUUCACUGAAUUUUUGCGAUCAUCAGCCCUGCUUCGCGGAUUUUUAAAUUUAUUUUUGGAAUUUUUGGGAUUUUUGAGAAUUCGGACCGUCUGAACGAUCUGUGGGGUGAUUAAGAAUGAGUGGAAUAUGUUUAGAAAGGGGGAUAGAAGGACUGGAGAGUAUGGGAGAGAGGAAGGAGGAGGUAAAAAAAAGUACAGUUAUUGUGAACAGGGGGGGGGGGGGGGGGGGGAGGUUGUAAAAUUCUUCUUUUUAAAUUUAAGCCAUUUUAAAAAGUACAUUUUGAAAUAUUAACCUCUACUAUCCAACUCAAUAAAAUAACAAUAAACCCUCUGCCCCGAGGCGAAAGGCUAGUUGGGUAAACAGCUGAUGAGAAUGACAUCAUCAUAAGCUGAUAGAGGUGGUUGUUAUCAGAGUUUGUUGUGAUUGGUAGGAAAAGAACGGCUGAUUGUAAUGACAUUGACAGGUUUUCGGCUUGGCAGGGGUCAAUUUUGAUAAUUUUAGAUUUCCAAUGAAAUUUUGGAGUUUUUGGUCAAAAAGUGUAUAGAAAAGUGAAAUUAAAGGGGUAGGGUUUUUAAACGGCAGGUUUAAGCAUUUUUUAAGCUUUUUUUUGCAAAAAAAAAAUUGAGCGGGGUAAAAUUUUUUUGAGGGUGGAUAACUUUUUUUUCCAAAAUUUUUUCCUUUUUUUCUAAAAAUCAAAACCCUUUUUUAACACAAAAAAUUUUUACACUUUCCCCUUUACCAUCGAGCACUCAAUUACAAUCUAUAAACAAUUUGGUAUCAAAUAUCAUAGCGUAGCUGAAGUGGAAUCUUAUAGGCUUUAAUAAAAGGUUGAUAAUGAGCUGAUAAAACUGACUUUGCCGAGUUCUUUAAUUACGUUUUAAAACGACUGGUGUUUAAUGUUUGUUGUGCUGGCGAGAGAUAAAUGUGUUCUGAACAUUGUUUUACUGUUUGGGGUUGUGAGGUGGGUUCGGAUUUUUGUAAAUUUUAAUAAAUUGGGUAUAUGGGGAGGGGUGGAACUUGGAUGGUGGUUUUGGAAUAGUACUGGGUAUCUAGGCCUAAAAUUUUAAAAAGAUUGGGUUGUUGGUAGUUUAGUAAUUUAAUAAAAAUGGCAGAAAAAUCACAUUUUUUGUCAAUUUAGCGAAAAUGUGGGAAAACGUUAUAUUUUUUGAAUUUUCUGCCGCGCUUUGCCAUUAUUUUUGCAACUCUCAAAAACUUAUAAAUUCUCAUUCAACUUAACACAAAAAAUGUAAAAUCAAUUCCCAUUUCCACGUGGAAACGCCAUAAAAACCGCCAAAGGGCUGAAGAGAAAUUUGAAAAUUUGGUCCGUUGGAAACGCGAAAAAAGUCUAGUUGUUAUUGAGCAAAAUCAAUCGUUUGAGCACACACACAUCGGAGCCCCGUGGAGUAUUUUCUGUGGGGCGAAACAAAACAGCUGAUUGGCGACCUCCGACACCGUGAAUACAUAUACACAGUGGAAGGAGGGGGGGGGGGACAAAAAUAAGAAAAAAAAGGAACCCGUUUCGGAGUAAACAUUCAACUCCACACUCUUUUUUGCUUUGGUUCGCUUCGUUUCUGGCAACUAUUUGAUUAACGUCGGAAUUGCUUGAGGGGGGGGGGCCAUAUUUUUGAUAAGGCGGUUGGGGAGAGAGAAACGGAUAUUUUUUUUUGAAAUUUGGGGUAGUUUGAGAUGGCUUAGGAGGGGUAAUUUCAAAAAGGCGUUUGCUAGGUCUAGUUUGCUUUUGCGCGGCCCAGCCUGAUUUUAUCGCGGCCUAAUUCAGCUUUAGCGCGGCUCAGCUUGGAUUGGCCUCAGGGCCAAAGCAUAUUUUGAAAGAGGUCAAAGUGAAAUUCAGGGCAAUCUCAAACUUUAAUCUUUGGUUCAAAAAAAUUAAAUUUUAAAUUGAUUUUCCGUUUUACAGGUUUAAGAAACAAGAAUUUUAAUUUUUUAAAAAUUUCUUCAUUUUUGACCAGGUCCAACUACCCAAAACCAGCUACAAAUUGUCUCAAAACCAUUACUGUUUUACUUAAAAUUACUUAAUACAAACUCUUUUCAAACCUUUUUGAUACAUAAUUGUAGUGCUACAACCAAAUUCAAAUUCUUCUUAUCUGGCACUUAAUUGUACGGUGUUUUUAGGCAUUUCAAACUGAUUUUUCUAUUAACUCUGCUAAUUUAAGACGUUGUAAAUACAUUUUUGACGGCAAUGGUUGUAUUUUUGUUGAGAAUAAGUACAGUUUUUUUUAUAUUUUUGGGCUAUUUUAUUUAAAUUUUUCGUUUUUUAUGUUGUAGUACACUUUUUUAAGAAAUUGUUAGCAACAUUUUUAAAAAAAUCUUUAAAAAAAUUUUUUGAACUCAAAUUGCCAUCUAAUCUACUAACUUUUGCUAACCCUAAAAACAGUACAAUCCAUUGCAAUCCAUUGUUGUAUGUUGUAUAGUUGUAAAACACUUUCCUAUUCUCCACUAUCCUAUAGCUACUUGUAGCCUACUUCAAUAUCUUUGCCUAAUUGUAAAACUCUCUCUUUACAAUCCAAAUUACAAUUGGCAUUAUAAUUACAACUGCUAUUACACCGCGAAUCGAGAACUCACUAGAACUACAAUUAAUUAAACUAAGAAUAGGUUACUUUGUGUUUGAAAAGGUUUGGCGAAGAAUUGGUUUUCGGUCUCUUACUGACAACAGUUUUUGAGUGUUUACAAAAAAACACACUGAAUAUAAUGUUUUUGAUUACAAUUGUAGUUCGUUGUGUCAUGUUUCGAAAUGGGAGGGGAUUUUGGUUUUGGAGGUUUAUGAAAUUUGCAUAAAAUUGAAUUAAAAUUAUUUUAGAGGGUUUGGUGGGGCUUUGGGGAAAUGGCUGUAACUUUUGUUUUACUAAUAGGGGAGUGACUUUCCUUAGGACCAUUUUUAAUGAUAUAAUUGGCAUAAAAUAACAUUUUAGGUUUAGUCUUGUUUAUUUUUUACACUUUUUGUUCAUUUUUCCGUUGUUUUUUAAAAUUUUCGAAGUUUUAGUGCACAUAAAAUUAAACUUUAAGUUUUUUGCGUGCAUUUCACCUAUUUUUUGUUCAUUUCUUAUAUUUGUAAGUAAGAACAAUACCAAAGUGUUAAGUUAGUUGCUGGAAUGGUGUGAUUUGUAGAUAUAAUAGAAAAAAUAUAACGGCUUUUGGUAUUAUUGCGACAGAUUUUUUAAAAGUGUUAUGAAAAUUGCAAAAAAACUUAAAAAAUAUAAUUUUUUUUAAAUUUUGGUUAAACUAAUGUAAGAAAAAUAUGUUAAUAAAAACUUAAUCGCUUAAAAAAAGUUUUGCAAUUUGUUCAAAUUUCCUGAACGUUUUAAAAAUUUAUAAAAUUUAUGCAAAUUACGCUUAUUAUUUAUAAAAUUUAUCAUUUUCAGUUGGACGACUUUAUCAUUGACGAAAUAUUGUCAUUGGAAGACGAACAGCAUUUCCGUUCUAAAGAACAACGUCGUGGUGGCAAUUCUCAACCUGUAAGUUUCAAAAAUUUUGAAAAAAUGUUGAUUUAAAUUGUAAAAUACGUUAUUGUGAAUUGACACUAUCUGGGGGUUGAGUUAGAGUUGGAGGCAAAGAUAGAGCUAGAGCUAGAGCCAGAGCUAGAGCUAGAACUAGAGCUAGAGCUAGAGCUAGAGCUAGAGCUAGGGCUAGAGCUAGAUUUAGAGUUAUAGCUAGAGCUAGAAACGGCUUGUAUUGCUAACGUAAAACCCGUUUAGAUAUAAGGUAUCGUACUAUGAUGUAUCGAAUGUAUAAUAAGUAGUAUUAAAGAACAUACCAGAUUAUCCGAAUUCUUGGUUUUUUUUGCAAAAUUUUGGUUUUUGGCCUAGUUACGUAGUAAAGAGUGUUUUAAUUGCAUUGUAAAGAGAGGAUUUGUGGCUGAAAAUGUUAAGAUUUCGAGACUUUAAAGACUAGAAAAGCCUUUGUGUUACAGUACUCUUCAAAGGAAAUUUAACUCGUAGUCUAGGAUGAACUAUAUUUUUUGUUUUGUUUUUUAUUUUAUUCUAGUAUGGCGUUUUAGAAAAAGUUUUUAAAUGUUUUUUUUUCAAAUUUUAAAUUUUUUUUGAAUUUUUUAUUUCUUGUGUCAUUUCAAGUUAAACUCUAAUAUUCACCAAUGUAACUUCCCCAAACGUUAUCAGCCGUUUUUCGAACCGAAAAGUCGAAUUUUUUGCCUUCUACUGUUUUCUCUGACCGUCUAGCAACCCUCUAUACUUCACGUACUCUCUCACUCGGUCCCCACAGUUUCUACAACUGAUAAGGUCAACAAAAGAGUGGAACGAAAUAAAAGAUCAAAAAAAUCAAUUUUCAGCCAGUUUUCAUAACAAUUCUUCUUAAUUUUUUAUUGUGGCUGGUUGGAAGGAAAGUUUUUGCGGUUUUUGGUAAAGUUGCCCUGCUUUAGCCAAGUCAGUGAAACUGAGGUUUAUGAUGUUAAUUUAAAGUUUUAAGUUAGGAACAGUUAGGUUUACUUAAAAAUAAGGGUUGAAAUGUAAAAUACGAUAAAUGAAAUAUGGUUUUUAUAUAUAAUAUAAAAAGAGUUUACUGUUAGUAAAACUAUUUUUUUAUCUAUUUAUAUCUAAAAAUUCCCUGUGAUAUUCAUUUACUGUACAUUUAUUACAGUUUGCAAGUUUGAGGAUGCAAAAAAGCUACAAUUAUGUCAUUUUUUAUAUUAUUCAGCUAAAAAGAGUUGAAAAGAGUAGUUAAAAUGGAGUUGGAAAUGUAGUAUUGUAGUUACAAUUUAGUAUGUAGGAGCGGGCAAUUAGUUAACGGUUGCACAAUUUUAAUUUUAUUAAUGUACGGUAGGGUAAGAAAGCAAAAUUUUAUCAAAUUAUUGUACUGGGAGAUAAUAUGAACUUGUAUUUUUUAAUUUUCUUGAUAAAACAGGAAGAAAGGGGUACUUUAAAGGUGUGGAGAGUAGAGCAGAGUAUGUCGCGUAGAUGUUUUUGAGAAGCGGGGGGGGAAUGAUGGCGGUUUUCACAAUUGUUUGUGAUUUUUAAGUUCUGAUAGUGGGAGGCAAAUUAAAAAUUUUCUUUUAGUUUUUUAUUCUCUUUUCUCUUACUUUCCCCUACCCUACUCUCCUUACUUCACGUUACCCUACCCUACUCUCCUACUUCAGUUUACCCUACUCUAUUCUAUCCUACCCUAUCUUACCCUACACUACUUUACUUUACCUUAUCUUACUUUUCCUUAUUCCACUCUGUCUUAAUCUUUUUUCCCUUUGCCUCUAUCUUUCUGAACAUCUACUUCUUCUCGUCCUCAAUCCUACCAUUUUAUCAACCUUUCAAAACUUUUUUUUAAAACUGUUAGAACUGUACUUUUUACCUCAUCCGAAAGUCCUUUGGCCCCUUAACCCUACAAUCUUCAUCGAUGUCGUUGGAAUGUAAGAGGAAAGGGCUGGCGGGUCAGUGGCGAAACAGUCGGGGUAAUAAACCAAGACGGUUGGGGUAAUUUGUCUUCCGCGCUCAAAAUUCCUUCGUCUCUUUUCUUUCCGCCGUUUUUCGAUAUCAAAUAGUCGGAGGGGGGAGGUUUUCUGGUCGGAAAGGGCAACGUUAAGGGAGUCUGAGUUUGUUUUACGAGACGUUUUUUAUUAUCGUAUGUUGUCAUUGAUGCUGUGAUAGAUUGUUGCAUUUCGAGUCGAUGGUAGGUCAUUUUGAAGUUUAGGCUUAAGUUUUUGCUUAAAAAACUAAUUUUGAAAAGUUGGAUAAAGUUUUGUCGUUGAUUUGCAUAGGUUUGCAAGUCACAAAACGACAUGACUUUGUUAGAGUAGGAGAGUUGAAUUGGGUAGGGUAGAGUAGGGCAAAGCAGGACAAGACAAGGCAAGGCAAGGCAAGGCAAGGCAAGGCAAGGCAAGGCAAGGCAAGGCAAGGCAAGGCAAGGCAAGGCAAGGCAAGGCAAGGCAAGGCAAGGCAAGGCAAGGCAAGGCAAAGCAAGGCAAGGCAAGGCAAGGCAAGGCAAGGCAAGGCAAGGCAAGGCAAGGCAAGGCAAAGCAAGGCAAGGCAAGGUUCGACAGGGUAAAAACCUACUAUAAAGUACAAAUUGUUUUUAAAUUUCCUUUUUAAAUUUCCAAGCUAAUAAACCAUUUUUUAAAUUUAAAAAACCCAAGUUUGCCAAGACCAAAGACUGGUCAAAUUACUCAACGUUUCCUUUUACAAUGUUUUACCCUCUGGAGACUGUUAACUGCCCUGAACUUGCACUUUUUUAUUCUUUUUCAUGAACAUUUUUAUUAUUUUAUAGCGCAGUAUUAACUAAACUUACUCUGGCUCAAAAAGAUUUUAUAUUUUUUGGGUAGGGCAGGGUAGAAUUGUUGAGUAAGGUUUUGUAGAAAGGUAGCGUAGGGUUGUGAAGAAUUUUAAAGUUAUUUAAGGCAGGUAAGCCGGCUUGUUCGUCUUUAUAGCUUAUUGUCAGCUUUCUUGCUUUAAGGUUUAACAGAAUUCAAAUAAAGCUUAAUUUAGCUUUUCCAAACAGUUUUCGACAAAAAAUGUAUGCUUUUUAAGGUAAUACUGAAAUUUUUUUAAUGUUAAGCAUAGUCAUCUCUGUUAAAUUUUAAAAAGAACGUCAAAAAAAUUUUUUCUCUCCUCCCCCCGGUAAAAAUAUUACCCCGCUCGGCACUACCAACAAGUUAAAGCCUUUCUUUCCUUAUUUAAAUAGACCCUUCUCAUCUGUUAGAAACUCUGAUUUGGUCGUCUGCCUAUGAUAACAAUCGAAGGGAAAGUAAAAAGAUUCUUUUUUGUAGCGUUAGAGUGAUCUAUGGUAGAUUUAGAUUAAAAGAUGGACAAAAAGUAGUGUUUUGGUUGUAAAAUCUUUAUUUGUAGUCUAGUGUUAAACCAUAAUACAACUUUUGGUGUUAUGCAAACGAAGUGUGAUGUAAACUGUUUUGGUUUGUGUUAGGUUAUGGUACUUGGUGUUUAGGUAUUAAAUUUUUAAUUUGUUUUUAUUUUUUGUAGAGUUGGGUACGAUAGAAUAGGUGGGAUAUAAUAUUAUAGCAGGUUAGUUUAGGGUCGCGUGUGGCCGUGUAAAGCCGUAUAUAGCCGAGUAGUGCAACGUAAAGCUCAGUAGGGGACAGUAAGACCAAGUAUGUUAGGGUCGUUCAUCAGCAAGGCAGGGCAAAAACUUUUUCUUUGUUGAGUAGGACUGAGUAAAGUCCUGUAGGACCGGUAGACCCCUGUUGAGUCGAGUAGGGUCGAGGAGGGCCGUGUAGGGUCAAGCAGGAACAUGUAGGGCCGUGUAUGGCUGAGUAGGGCAAUGUGAAGCUCAGUAGGGGACAGUUGGUCCAAGUAUUGUAGGAUAGUUUGUCAGCAAGGCAGAGCAAAAAUUUUUUUUGACCAAAGGUUUCAUGGCAGAGUAAGCCCCUCUCCCCUCUCUAAUCAGCAUUUCUUGCAAAACCAAUUUGCAGCCAAACUGGUUCGAAGCUUAACUUUCGAAAAAACCAAUAAAUUUUUAUCAAUUCGGGAAAGACGUUUGUUCAGCAAGAAAAACGUCUGAUCAGCAUUUUGGCGGUUCUUUAAAGUGCAACCGGCAAUGUUUAUGGGACGGUCUGUUUAGAUAACUGGGCAGAGGUCAGUGCGAGCUUUGUCUGGGCUGAAAAUUCAAUUUGGAGGGAGGGGUGUUUUUGGAAUAUUUUGGUUAGUUUUAAAGCUUUGAGGUUUUUUAGUGAUAAGUAGAAUUGGUAUGGUGAUUUUGGUUUAUGUUAGAAGGGGGGGUGGGCUAAAAAAUUUUUUUUUAAUUUUACAUAAAGGGGCCAGAUUGAAUUUUUUAAAAUAUUUUUUUGGGCAGGGUUAUUUUUUAUUAGGCAUAACUUGCCUUACCUUAACUUCUAUAACUCCAACUAUGACAUAUACAUAAAUAUAUAUGAUAUUGUGUUUACCGUAAAAUCUUCUCUGACAAAUCUACCCAUUCUUACAAUAUACAUUUACCAUCUUUUAUGUUUCAUAGAAUAGCAAUUGUUUUGAAUAUUGUAAUUACGUACUACAAUGUUGUAUCAUACUUGUAUCUCGCUUGCAAAAAUUGUGUGUAAAUUUUAUACCAGCACGUGGUGGGUAACACACUGUGUUAAUGACUACGACGUUUUACACAAAGUUUUUUGUAGCACAAGGAUAGGGAGUUUACUGGGGUUGGGUUGGCACGUUUUUGUGAUGAGGGGGUUGGUUUUGGCUUCGGUGGGCUAAAGAUGGCACUUCAGUUGUGAUGGGGUUGGUUUGGGCAUGGGCGGGUUAAAAAGGGCAUUUCAGGGGUGGUAGGGUUAGUAUUGGCAUGGGUGAGUUAAAAAUGGCAUUUUAGUAGUGAGGGUGUUGUUUUUGGCAUGGGUGGGUUGAAAAUUGUAUUUUAUUUGUUACGGGGGGACGGUUUUGGCAUGGGUGUUUUAAAUAUGGCAUUUUAGGGGUGAUAGGGUUGGUACUAGCAUGUGUGGGUUAGAAGUAGCAUUUUGAGAGCUGUACAGUCUCAAAAAUCAAAAAAAAAUUUUUUUAAAAAAAUUUUAAAAUUUUAUGUUCUGUCAUUAUUUUUUUCACAUUUUUACAAUUUUAAAAUUUUUCAUAAUUUCUGGCCAUAUCUAUACCCCUCCAGCCACAACCAAUAAUUAAAUAUAAUUCUGAUGCAGUUAAACCUAGCCCCCAUCCUCAAUAUCGAAACGUUGCGAGAAGAUGCCUCAUUUCCUCCCGCCGCUUCUCCAACAUUCCUUUUGGCAUUGUAGUGGCUUUAAUUAGCCGAGAUGAAACUCUUCCUUUAUAUAUUUUUUGCACCCCUCCCCAACCUCGAAACUAUUCUUAGGCGCCCGAGGCGUUUCGUCGUCUUGGCAACGGUUUGGGCGCCCGCUUUUCGACAGUUUCAUUUAAUAAUUUUGGCGGUCGGAAGUGCGCUACAGUUUACUUUGCUGUUAAGCUGAUAUUGUGUGGGGCGGGGCAUGGGUUUUGAGAGGGUUUUGAGAGGGAGGAGGGGGGUUUUUUGGUAUGGUAAGAGGGGUACGGACUUUAUGGAAGAAGGUAUGCAGGGGGCUUUAUGUAAUAAGUCAAGGCAGGGAAGGGCUUUCUGGAUUAAGAUAGGGAGGUGGUUUUUAGAAGGUGUAAAGCUACUUUUGAGCCAUUUUUUUAAAUCAGUGUUAAGCUAUCGUAUUCGUAUUUCACGCAUUCAAAAAUUAAUGAAACUAAAAAUUUUUUUUGGAAAAUUUGGAAAUUUUUACCCUCCCCCAAUUUUAGUUGCCCGUAUCCGUCUCCUACUCAGACAAUCUGACUGCCCUGUCCAACCAACCGCAUCAUCUGGGCGGCGGUCAUGGAGUCGACCUCCACCAGACCAACGCCCCAGUCCACUCGCAACGCGGCCUACAACAAAACCUUCAAGCCAACGGCUCCUCGUCCAGUGCCUCGAGCAUGCACUCGAGCGGCUCGUUAUCACAGGCACAGAACAUUCACGGCUCAUCACCACCAAUUUGCUCAUCCUCCAACUUCCGGCAGGUCGUCUCCUCGUCCGCACCUUCGUCCAGCUUCGACAUGGAGAAGUUUGUGCGCCGAAGCGGAGGCGCCGGUGGCUCCAACAACCCCAAUGACGCUGACUUCUUCAGAGACCGCAGAAAGAAGGACAUUCACAACAUGAUCGAACGCCGACGACGCUACAAUAUCAACGAUCGGAUCAAGGAGUUGGGUUUGAUGUUACCCAAGUCGACGGCCGAGGAAAUGAAGCUGAAUAAGGGCACGAUUCUGAAGGCAUCGUGCGACUACAUUCGUCAGUUGAGACGAGAGAAGGACAUGAUUCUGCAGCAAGCGCAAGAGAAAGAUCGUCUUGAAGACUCAUCCAAGUUGUAUAUGCAGAGGAUUCGAGAGUUGGAGAAGGCGUUGGAAAAGAAUGGCAUAAAUGUGCCACCAAGCCAAGUGCCAUUAGAGGACAGGUCAUCGACUGGACCGAGACAGAUCAAGCAAGAACCUUAUGAUGAGAGUGCGUUGUCUCCUUCUCAGACUCCGGUAAGGGGACUUGAAUUUGAAAAAAAAGUAAAAAUAGUCAAAAAUUUUUAAAAAUGAAAAGUUUUUUAAAAGGUUUAUGAUAAUGCCAUCACAUGAAAGAUGGUCCUAACUUUUAAAAAUUAAAAUCUCAAAUUUUAGACCGGCGGCUUCAUGUCCCAACUUCAAGAUAUGCAAAUCACCUCCCCCGGCUACCACCCCAACAUGCAACCCCAAUCCUCCCCCAUCCCCAACCACAACGGUAGCCGCCCCAUGAUGGUCGGUAGCCUCCCCGCUGACCAGCACCUAUCCCACUACAACCGAGGCUUCUUCAACUCCACCUCAAGCCCCAUUGCCACUCCAAACGCGUCCUCACAUGCCAACAUUAGCGAGUACGGUACGCCGGCCUCCACCUGGUCCCCAAUGCACAACAACUCGAUGCAACAGUCGUUGCUGGUAAACACCGGCCACCAUCAUCAGCAGCAACAACAGCUGAUUCCGGGCUCGGCGCCCAGCCACUCGAAUGGCUAUCCUGACUUGAUAAUGGAAGAUCUGUCCAUGCAGGUAAGGGAACGGAACGUUUUGAAGGGGUGACUUUGAGUGAGGCGGGAGUGAUGUUAAAGUGGUUAUCAUGAAAAAUGGUAAAGUGAUUACCAAAAAUGAUAACGUAUAAGGUUUACGAGAAUUGGUUUGCUACUUUUUUUGGUCAAAAAGUUUGUAGAAAGUUGCUAAAAACUUUUAAAAAUCAAAUUUUUCAUUUUUUUUGGAAAAAGUGGCCGAGUUUAUCGCUUUCUAUCUACUUUUUGACCUAAACAGCAAAAAAAUCAUUAUUAACUAACUAAACAUGCAACAUAGCCUGAAGUAUCAAUAAAAAAAAUUUUUUUACUUUUUUGGUCAAAAACUUGGUAGAAAACCUUUUAGGAAUGAAAAAACAGGGAGGUUUAGGGGAUUUCACGCUUAUUUUGCUUACUUUCUGAGCUUGCUACGCACUUUUCGACCGAAUUAGUAGAAGAAUUGACACUGUAUUACAAAGAAAGUUAUCAUGAGGUAUCUUUACUACAAUAUGUAAAUGAUAGUCAUAGGAUACUUACAGUAGAAGAUGUAAAAAACGAAGCUAUUUUUAAAGAGGGGUAUACUUUCUAAAAUUUCAAAAAAAUUUCUUAAAAAACUUAAAAACCGGUACCAUUAGGCUUAGUGAGCUUGUAGUCAAAACGUUUUCUUUCUAUCCAACAUAUUAUACUUACCCACCGCGUUUUUCGGUUUCGCCACGGUGGUAAACGCUGAUGCCAACGCACGAUGGGAUUCGGUGUUUGUUGAAAACACAUUCUGCGUCCACUACAACAACACUUUUUUGCCUUUUUUUAAAUGUACGUAACGUUGGGGUGAGGAAAAAUUGAGUUUUAUGUGGGUAUCGACCUUGUUCAUAGUAUUAGCUGUAAAGAAAAGACAUUUUUUGUUGAGGUCAUAUAAAUAAUGGCACUUUUUUUGGGGAAAAAUGAGGUGAUAUUGAUGGCUAAGGUUUGAAAUGGCUAUAACUAUGGUCAAAAGGUCAAUAUUCAUACAAAAACUCAUUUAUAGUGUAGAAGUAGUCAGUAGACACUUUAUGUUAAUAUACGUAGUUAGUAGCCCAAGAUAUCAAUGGCCAUAUACUUAGUUAGUAGCCCAAUACCUCUAUGUUAAUAUAGGAUUAGUAGCUUAUAUAAAUCGCCUUUGCACACACAGAUAUUGAGAAAGUUUGCCCACAGCCAAACCAUGGCCAAACCUUCUUCUCAAUACCUCCCCCCCCCCAAAAAAUUUUUAAAAAACCACCUCCUAUAAAAUAAAAAAAAUGAAGUUAUGCCACUUUCAGAACCGUGGCCCACUCUUGCAAGGUGAUCCAAUGUUGGGCGGUGUGGCUAGCAGCCAGAUGAGCCCAGAGAUUGUGUGGGAUCAGGCCGGCUUCUCGCCCGAUUCGAUCAAUCAACAACAACAACAAGGGCAUCACAACCAGCCGCCGGUCAGUAUGAAUAGCAUGGAUUACUGA